AUGGGUAAUUGCAACACUUGCGUGAGAGCAGAUGUAGUAGAAGAGAAGCCGAGCGAGUCGAACCGGGGGAGAAGGAAAAAAACCCAACCGAACCCAUACGCUGAGGAAGGGGACCGGUCUGCAGGUCCGGUUCGGGUGCUGAAUGAUGUGAUUCCGGGGAUCCGAAUCGGGGACAAGUACGUGUUGGGUCGGGAACUGGGUCGGGGCGAGUUCGGGAUAACGUACCUAUGCACGGACAGGGAAACGAAGCAGGAGCUGGCGUGCAAGUCGAUAUCGAAGCGGAAGCUGAGGACCGCCGUGGACGUGGAGGACGUGCGGCGGGAGGUGGCGAUCAUGUCGACGUUGCCGGAGCAUCCGAACGUGGUGAAGCUGAAGGCGACUUACGAGGAUGAAGAGAAUGUGCACCUGGUGAUGGAGCUCUGCGAGGGAGGGGAACUCUUCGAUAGGAUCGUUGCGAGGGGGCAUUACAGCGAGCGUGCGGCGGCACACGUGGCAAGGACCAUAGCUGAGGUUGUUAGGAUGUGCCAUUCCAAUGGAGUCAUGCAUAGGGACCUUAAGCCUGAGAAUUUUCUCUUUGCUAAUAAGAAAGAGAACUCGCUUCUUAAAGCCAUUGAUUUUGGUCUCUCUGUGUUUUUUAAGCCUGGAAUGAGGUUUUCUGAAAUUGUUGGGAGUCCUUACUAUAUGGCGCCGGAGGUUUUGAAGAGGAAUUAUGGGCCAGAGGUUGAUGUGUGGAGUGCUGGAGUCAUUCUUUAUAUUUUGUUAUGUGGGGUUCCUCCGUUUUGGGCAGAGACUGAACAAGGGGUUGCUUUGGCGAUUUUGAGAGGUGUGAUUGACUUCAAGAGGGAGCCUUGGCCUCAGAUUUCGGAUAGUGCUAAGAGCCUUGUGCGGCAGAUGUUGGAACCCGAUCCUAAAAAGCGCUUGACGGCUGAACAGGUGCUUGAACAUUCCUGGCUACAAAAUGCAAAGAAAGCUUCAAAUGUUCCAUUAGGAGAUAUUGUGAGGACAAGGCUUAAGCAGUUCUCUGUGAUGAAUAGAUUCAAAAAGAGAGCUCUUCGGGUAAUUGCAGAACAUUUAUCUCUUGAGGAGGUAGAAAUAAUCAAAGAUAUGUUUACAUUGAUGGAUACUGACAAAGAUGGCAAAGUAUCAUUCGAGGAACUGAAGGCUGGUAUGCGGAAGGUUGGUUCACAAUUAGCUGAGCCGGAGAUAAAGAUGCUGAUGGAAGUGGCUGAUGUUGAUAGGAAUGGAGUACUUGACUAUGGAGAGUUUGUAGCUGUGACAAUUCACUUGCAAAGAAUGGAGAAUGAUGAGCAUAUCCGCAAAGCAUUCAUGUUUUUUGACAAAGAUGGCAGUGGUUAUAUUGAGUUAGUUGAGCUAGAGGAAGCAUUAGUAGAUGAAUCAGGAGAAACUGAUGCUGAUGUAUUGAAUGACAUCAUGCGUGAAGUUGACACUGACAAGGAUGGUCGCAUCAGUUAUGAGGAGUUUAUGGCCAUGAUGAAAACUGGAACUGAUUGGAGAAAAGCAUCUAGGCAGUACUCAAGGGAGAGAUUCAAGAGCUUGAGCAUAAAUUUGAUGAAGGAUGGUUCACUUCAGCUUCAUGAUGGGAUUAGUGGUCAAGCUGUAGUGGUUUGAGUACGAAGUUAUUUCUUUCUGUAACCUUGGUGUUCACUCAGUUUCUCUUUUUCCUUCACCACUUACCAUUCUUGAAAGUCGGGUUUGUGGAACCUCCGUGAAAGCAAGCAAGUUUUGGUUGGAGCGUUUUGAAGCAUACUAUUACCUUGAGUUGGAGGGUGGUUUGGCAUAUAUUUCUCAGUUGGAUUGGGUGUUAGAUGCCUGAAGCAUGCAUUGGAGGCUUGCAUACUAAAGACGUUUUAUAGCUUCUCACCAAAUAUUGUGGGGGCACAUGCUGGAGGCCUCAAAUUGUCACUUAUUCUUUGUAUAUCUUCCUCCUGUUAUUUGUGUUUGAUAAUUUCAUUGAUAAAUGUGAUUUUUCUAACUUAUGGGCAGAAAACCAGUUUGGGUUUGUCUCGUUGGCAGCGUGAACUACUGAAAAAGUUUAGUAAUCUGCCAGUUUAAACAAUUCUAUUU